GCUCCUCCGAGCGCGCAGCGGGAGCUGUGGCGGCAGCGCUGGGACAGCCCGGCCCGGCACCCCCGGCCCGGCUCCGGAGCUUCGCCCGGGCGGCGGCGACCUGAUACUGCAAGUUCCCUGCCUUGACAGCAAUCAUCAUGGAUAGUGUGUUCUUAACAGAGGACAAAGCCAACUCUGUGUUAAAAAGAUACCCAAGAGCCAACACAUUUCUGGAAGAAUUAAAGCAAGGUGACAUAGAACAUGAAUGCAGAGAAGAAAUCUGUAGCUAUGAAGAAGCAAGAGAAGCAUUUGAAAAUGAGGAAAAAACGAAGGAGUUCUGGAAAGUCUACAAAAACGGACUUCAGGGAGAAAGUAACACAGGACAUACCUGGUAUUCAUUUUACCUUGCGUUUCCAUUAAUCAUUGGCCUUUUCGUUAUCCUCAUUGUCAUUUUUGUCAUAUGGAGAUGCCUGUUUAAAAAGAAAAUGCGUAGACAGUCGGUGUACGUGCACAGGGGAGCCCACGGAGCGCUGGGUGACGGUGCUGUGGCUGAUGGCAGAGGCCCUGUCCCGCCGCCCCUCAGCAUUGUUCAUUCCCCACAGGAGGAAAUGUAUGAAGUCAGUGGGCUCUCCCCGGGAGGUCUGAGCUAUACGGAUGCACGGUCGGACUCGAUAUCCACCAGGCUCUCAAACUGUGAUCCUCCUCCUUCCUAUGAGGAAGCCACUGGUGAGGUCAGUGUGAGAAGAAGCGAAACUGAGCAGCAUUUGGAUCCGCCCCCGCAGUACGAAGACAUUGUGAACUCCAGCUCAGCCGGUGCCAUUGCACUGACUCCCAUUGUCACCAGUGAUAAGUGAAACAAGAAGAAUGCCAUGGACUUUUAAAAAAUCAGUAAUCAUUUUGUAGCACUUUAUCUUGGCGUAUUAUGCAUUUCUGUAAUUUAAUGGACUUCUACAAUGGAUUUCACUUUUUUUUUGGUUCACUCGUUCAUUGGGUUUGGGAUUUUUUUCCCCUACAGGUGGUCUUAAAAGAUAAGGAAUCUGUGUUGAGAGUGCAGUGCAGAUACAAGUGUGGUGCUCUGUCAUACUUCUCAAAAGUACCUCUGUUUUGAGGGAUGUCACUUGUUUUAUUCUGAUCAUGUCCACAUUCCCCACAAGAUUUGUGGGAUCCCCCUCCCCUUUCUUACUGCAGACUGUCAUAGUUCCCUGCAAUGGGAGAAUCCUUACACAACAUUUUAAUAGUUACACUAAAGGGGACUGAUUUUGCAGUAUUGCCUUGUCUGGUGGGUUCUUUUUUCUCACUUGGAUUUUUCUUACAUGCUGAACCCUGUCCUGGGCCCCCAGGAGGCUGAGAGCAGGAUGCCUUUGUGUUCAAACAAGGAUCUCAUGUAGAGAAUACUGGUGUAAUAGCAAUAAUUUCAGAGUUCUAGCAGAAGAGGUGUGUUCUAAAGCUUCUGCUAUUACAGCUCAAAAUUCUGUAAAUGUUUAGAAGCUAAAAAUUCGAAACACUGAUUAGUGAAUUUAAUGGUAUUUGGUUUUGUCUGUGUUCUGCCUUUCCUGUUUUCCUGUCUGGUCUUACUUGUGUAUCCCAGAGGUGAGAAGUAUGCAUAUGUUAACUUUAGAACUAGAAAGUUCAUGCAAGAGUAAAUAAUGAAAUACUGAAAUAUCAAGAGCGGGUAAAAUCCUGGUCAUAAACUUUCUCCCAUAGUCUUCACUGGGACCAGGAUGUUAUCCAUAAGCGUAUAAACCCAAAAGUAUUAAUUUCCUUUAUAAAAGGGAAAAAGGAAAGCAAUUCAGUGUGACUUCCUUUUUCCCCAACUAUGAAAACCUUCCUCAAGGUUUCCCCAGCUAUGAAUCCCUUCCUCAAAUUCUGAUACUCUCUUGCCUACUCACAUGUACCAUGUGUGCGCCUUUGGAAGUCCUUUGCAGAGAAUACAGAUACUUUUUACAACAACAAAUAUAUUUAUUGCUUGUCCAUUCCAACAAGGAAUUCUAAAAACAUGCAGGCAUAACCCCAAGCAUUAGUGUGGAGUGACUUUUUGAGGCUGAAGAGAUGGAUGCAAAUUAUAUACAGGCUUGUACAAAAUUUCACCCACUCAGUUUAGAUGCUGAUGAUAGUUAGGGUGGUGCAAGUUCUAGUGUGGUGACUCCUUUUUUUCCCAGCUGGAUUUGAAAGUUCAUUGCUUGAUUUAACUUCUCAAUAUUAGUUUCAGUUUGCUUUCUUCCCACACCAAGGUAGUGUGGCAUUAGCUUAGUACUGUUCCAUGUUCUACUAAUCAAUCAGCACCAACUGAAAGGUGUUUAGCCCUGAAGGACUAAAUUAUGUUAUGUUGGCUUUCUUAAAACAGAAACACAAACUGCAUCUUGUUUCAAACACCCCAAAUGAAAUGCCAGUGCCAUACAUUUGAAAUUGCUCCUAAUGUCCAUCUCAUGGGGGCUUGGCCCACCUUUUCCCAGAGGAUUUUUAUGGACAGAGACUGGAAAGAAAUGUGUGGUCAUAGAUGAGCGUGUAUUUGCACACUUUGGUAAGAAUUCGAUCUGAUACAUUGACAAGUGGAGUAAGGAUUUUAUGAUUAAUUUAAUGUUCUCAUUUUUGACAAAGAGUAGGUUGCCAAAGUUGUCUGCUGGGGAUCUUCAGUUGUUAAGGCAAGUUAUAUUAGAGUUAAUAAAUGAACCCCUGGCCAAACUCCUGACUCUGUUGUCAAAACUGUAACUCUUAUUUAUGUUUAUUAUAUAUAAUAGAUAUUGGGCAGAUUAAGUACAACAUUUUGGACACUUGUAGUAAACAUUGCCUGGGUCUUGUUUGUGGGCUGUCUGACCUUUUCUUUUGAAAUGGUUUUAGCUCUUCCCAAAGCUUUGUU